AUGGACGUCAAGGAUGAGGUUGAAGCGUUGGAGCAGGAUAUCCCCCAUGCGCCAGGAACCCAAGUAUGGUUCUCCAACGCCAGACCACGGCACAGCUGGCUUCAGGCCGACGCCCAGCCGGACCAGGGAGCCGCUCCUGUUCAGCUCGACAUCUCUCCCAACGACCCUCUCCAGUGGCCGGCAUGGCGCAAGGAUGCCGUUCUCCUAGUUGUCGGGUUCUACAGCUUUCUCUCCGCGGCUCUGAGCCCCAUUCUCGCGACCGGCUUUCCUGAUAUCGCCGAGGCAUUUGGUGCUACCCUGCAGCAGAUCUCGUUCACCAUCGGCAUCUACAUGCUUGGUCUAGGAGUCGGUGCACUGGUUUGGUGUCCCACUGCAACGCUCUACGGCCGGCGCCCAGUCUAUCUCGUUGCGGCUCUUCUUCUCAUGGCAUCCUGCGCGUGGGCGGCUGCGAGUCCGUCGUACGCGAGUCUAAUAUUAUCCCGCCUCCUACAGGGUCUGGCAGCUACCCCGGGCGAGCUGCUCGUGUCUGUGACUGUGUCGGAGAUUUUCCUCCCUCAGGAACGCGGGUUCCGGCUGGGUAUCUACAUGUCGCUCAUCGCCGCUGGAAAGAGCCUUUCGCCGUUGAUUGGAGCGGGCGUCAUACAAGGGCUCGGCUGGCGCUGGGUUAUGUGGUUAGCGAUGAUUGCUUCCGGCAUAUGCUUUGUCUUUGUUGUUGUCUUUGCUCGCGAGACAUACUGGGCGCGGUCUACACAGAGUCCCAUAUUGGCACCACGACAGCCCGGCGAAGUAUACACGGACGAUCUGCGUAUCUCGCCUCCUCUUCGCUUCAGGCAAACCAUGGUCAUCUGGAAUGGUCGGCUGCACGGGUCCUCCUGGCUGUCUCUCGCAUCCCGCCCGUUUCACCUCCUCAAGUCACCCCCUCUUCUUUUCUCGGCUGUUGUAUACGCCUUGUCUCUAGGUUGGAUUGCAGUGCUGGCAGAAACAAUCGCACAUCUCUUCCAGAGUGUCAACGGCUACGGCUUUACACCAAUUCAGACUGGACUUCUCUACAUAUCCCCGCUCAUCGGCACCAUCGUGGGCAGCGUCGUAGGCGGCAAGAUCUCCGACCUGCUGGCCUGUGCUAAGGCCUACAGGAACGAGGGUAUCUACGAACCGGAGUCACGUUUGAUUAUGCUGAUACCCGCCGCCAUCUCGACUGUCGUCGGUCUCGCCGGAUAUGGCUGGAGCAUCGAGAUCCUGGAUCACUGGAUCGUGCCGACGAUAUGCUUCGGCCUGAUCUACCUUGGCUGCAUCCUUGGCUGUACCGUCGCGGUGACGUACUGCCUCGAUGUCCACAAGUCGUCGGCGAUUGAGGCGCAAGUCGUGUUGAGUUUGUUCAAGAAUUGUGAUGGUUUGGCGUUCUCCCUGUUUAUCGUCGACUGGGUCAAGGUAUCCGGCCCGCGCGUUACGUUCUUGACACUUGCAGGUCUCCAUUUGGCAUUCCUGUUGACGACCGUACCAAUGUACAUAUACGGCAAGGGUAUCCGAAUCUGGAUAAGCAAGCGGGAAAAGUCUAUCGUAUAA